CCGUGGAAGGAAAGGGCAGAGGAGUACCUAAGAAUGUACUUAAAGGGCCAAAGAAGGCACAUUGGCAAUGGAGAUUUGAUUUAGUGUUCCGUUUCCUAAAAAUAGAGGGGGUGGUUAGAAUAGGCCACAACUAAAUGUGGCGCCAAAAACUGUAUUUUCCCCUGCAAUUCAAUCGCCUCUAACCUCCAUUUCUGACACACCCCUUUCCAUUCCUACAUCCCCCAAUCAAACCCUUCUAACCAUUUCAACAAAAACCAACAUUAUCCCUCUCCUUCCCCCAUUUUCUUCUUUAUCUCUUCUCUUCCUUCCCAUGGCUCCCUCAUUUUCUCCACCCAUCAACCCAUUCUUCUUCUGACAAAGUUGAAAUCAAUCUGGGAAUUCAACGACUUCUGGAUUAAGCAAGGGACAUUGGGCAUUGAUCAGGGUAGUUCAUGGCAAUGGGGAGAGGGGAGCUCUCACCACAGGACUUCAAAGCCACUAAAAAUAAUUGGAUUCAAUAUACCAAGAAGAAUAAUAUACGUCUUCCUCAAGGCUCAUAUACUGACUUCGAGUGGAAGGACUAUUGUCCUGCAGUAUUCAGAAACAUACUAGAGCUAGAGAAAAUAGACUAUGCUGACUAUAUGUUGUCUAUUUGUGGUGAUGAGACCUUAAGAGAGGUUUCUUCACCAGGAAGAAUUGGCAACGUGAUAUUUCUGUCAAAUGACGACCGAUUUGUGAUUAAAACUCUGCGAAAAUCUGAAGUCAAGGUUCUCAGGGAGAUGCUUCCAAAGUACUAUCGACAUCUAAAAACACAUGGGUUUUCAUUGUUGACUACGUUAUAUGGACUUCAUGUAGUGAGACCAAUUGGAGGUAUUAAGGUUUAUUUUGCAGUCAUGUCAAAUGUAUUGCAAUCAGAUUUGCACUUGCAUCGGCGGUAUGAUCUCAAAGGCUCAUCAAGAGGACGAAAUUUCAAUAAAGUGAUCGUCCAUGAGGAGAUAAUUUAUAAGGAUAUAGAUCUUGAUUUCUACUUUUACCUAGAACCAUCACUCCGUAACAAGAUAUUGUCACAACUCAAGUAUGAUUGCGAGUUUUUGGAGGCCGAGGGCAUCAUGGACUAUAGUCUUUUGCUUGGUGUACAUAUAGAAGCCUCCUCGCGUCAAGGAAUGAGGACCGGUCCAGUUCAUGACGAUGCAGAAUUGACUGUUGCUGACAUUCUUAAACAUAAUGGCAGGUUUGGCGCUAAGCUUCCUGCUAGUGCAGUCAGGACGCCAAGGAAUGAGAUGGGGAUUGUUUCAUCACCAAGCAGGGUGAGGGUGCCAGAGUGCUACAAUGUAUUGCUAUACUUUGGAAUAAUAGACAUUUUCCAGAACUACAAUGUGAUAAAGCGCCUCGAGCAUGCUUACAAAUCGAUACAGUAUGAUUCAAAGUCAAUCUCAGCCGUGAAUCCCAAAGUAUAUUCUUCUCGCUUCCAGGAUUUUCUUGCCAAAGUAUUUCUAGCAAGAGAAUCAAGUAAAAACUGGAAUUUUGAGUUUUGAUCCAUGUCAAGUCAACCCAGUGGGGGAGAAAUCAACAAAAAUAAGUUAUGUUUGUUCCUUGCCCACAUCAUGAUUUGCAAUAAUGUAUAGGAAGGCAUUGAGGGUCAGGUAGGAGAGGGGAUUGUUAGCAGAGACAAAUACAUUGCAGCCGAAUAUGAAAAUGGAGCUUCAUUGUUUCAGGAAGACUGAGAGAGGUUAUUAGAAAUGGCUCAGGCGUUAUCUUUUGAUUCAUGCAAGAGUUAUAGUAAAACAUUUAUAAACCGUUGUGUUGUUUGCCUGAAAUUUCUUUACUUUAUGGUUCUAUUGACCUUGUUUUGAAUUCAUUCUAUUUGGAAGUGUAUUUAUGACACGAGGAGCAAAUGAAUUGGAUAAAAUGUGAACUGAAAAAUUCAGAGAAGAAGGGUGUUAGAGGAGGAAAACCCCAUUUGUUCUUUAUAAGGGAAAAAAUCAAGCAACAGUGGGAAAUGUGAAAAUCAGUGCUCACUUUUUGAAC